GAACUCAUGAGAAACGGGAGGAGUAUAAUCCGAGACUACUGAAAGAGCUUUCAAAAUCCAACUCGACCAAGAAACCCAAAAAAUUAUGGAAAAACAGAGCAGCUCUUCGAGCUUUUCAACCAAUUGGAUCGUUGAGCAUGGAUCUCUCGAGAAUUCUCUCACUUUUGAGUCUUCAGAUUCUCUAAUCGAUGAAGAUAUUGAAACCAGUCCGAAGGAUUAUCUGCUUUUGAAGCCUGCUUCAUCGGAUUCAGAACCUUGCGAAAUCAAGAUUAGUUUCAGCCAGAAACAUGAAGUCCGGCAGGUCUAUGUGCGGAGUACUGCUCGAGUAUAUGAGAUAUACUAUGCACCCUCCUUGCAAAGUGGUGAUGAAUAUCUCUGCACUGUACGUUGUGGCAUUGCCACUAAGGAGGAUGAAAGUUUCCAUGCCAUUGAUAAUGGAGAAUCUAUAGCUGCAAUGCCAAUGGGGUCUACAGAAGAGAAAGCUAAGAGUGAAGUUACUAAUAGCUCCAAUGAGGAUGAUUGGGUAGAAGUGAAGGUACCUGAUUGUCCCUCACUUGAUGGCAAAACCAAUUUUCAGUCAAAAGACACAGGACACUUGGGAAGAACCAUUCAGGAUAUGUAUGAGGCUACAGCGGAGAUUAGUGAUGCAAGCCCUUGCAUCUCCCUUACACUGCGAUUGCUCUCACUUCAGACCAAGGGAUCUGUCCAUGUAGAUGAGAUCUAUGUAUUUGCUGAUCCUGUUGAGUCCAUUGAUACAGACCAAGCGGUGGGGCCAGCAGAUGACUCAACAAGAAGUUCUUUAGUGGCUAUGCUUGUUCCUACUCUUCUGCAACUGUCUAGAAGUGGGAGCGGCAAAGCACAGGAUAGGCGUGUCUCUGAUAUCAGGGAUGGUGUAAUGAAGACAACCAAAUUAAGUGGCAGUUCAAUAGGGAAUACAGUACGACCAGAAGAGAAGUCCACUAGUGCUGAUCAAUUUGAAAUGAAUAUUCAAGAAGUGACCCAGGCCAAUGCAGAAUCUAUGAAGUUGAAUUCCAGCAUGGGUGGUCAGCAGGAGGUGACAAUACAGGAAGGGAUCCAUUCCACACAGUUAGAGUCUGGGACACAGGUGCUGGGUAUGGGGCAGAAAUAUGAUUCUGUCACUGUAGAAAAUGAUUCGACUUGCAGCCGUCUAGAUAGAAUUUUGGAUCAGCUGGUUUGCCGAAUCGAGAGAUUAGAAACUGUGUGUUCAAGAUUCGAAGAAAACAUGCUGAAGCCCCUUGUUGGCAUUGAGACGAGGCUCGGGCGACUAGAGCAGCAACUGGAGAUAUUUACAAUGAGAUCCCAGCCGUCUGGAUUAUACUCAUGCACAAGGAUUGCCGCUCCUGAAUUUUCAUGCAAUGAAUCUGAGUCCAACUCCUUUUACAAUGAUGGAAUUGAAAACCGAGGUAGUGGGGGACCAGAAACAUCCAAGGAUGAUAGUCAUUUUGAUAAACCAUCGUCUGCCAUAGAUGUUGCAUCAGUUCCAGUGGAUGUAUCUCAGUUUCCAGGUCUGGUAAUUACUGCCCCGGAGUUCUCAAAUGCUGAUGAUGAAGAGGAUGAUGGUGAUGAUCUCUGUGAGGGUAAGAACUGCAAUGAGGAUUCUGAGUCUGCAAGGAAGGAUCUCCAUGCGAAUAAACGGGCUAUUUCCAUUGAUGAUGCUUUAGCUUCAGCACUUUCAGGGUUCUUAUCUUCAGCUGCAGUUCAUCCUCCACAAUUUACCCAGACUUUGAUUAUUAAAGCUCCUGAUUUUACUAAUGAAGAGGAUGGGAAUGAUGAGAAAAUGAAGUCGCCGGUCAUUUCAUGUGAAAGAGGUACAGAUCCUACAUUCUUUAUCGGUGAAGAAAAUGGAACUGCAGAUGUGGAAGAUUCAGCAUCUCCUUGCAUCACCAAGGCAACAGCCAAAGAGCCUCUCAGACAAGAUGAGCCAUAUGAAGAUGGAAUAGAAAGCAACAUAACUAUUGUUGAAAAUGGGCAUGACACAGAAAUAAACAGUGGAGAUGUAACCAGAGGAGUGAAGUCCAGCAAAGGUUGUCCCACAGACCAGCUUCACAAGCGAGGGAAUGAAAACUGUGGCCCCAUAUUUAAUUUAACUUUCCUUGGUGACCAGUCUCUCACAAAUCAGACUGAUGAAGGCCCAAUACAUAUUUUGGAAGGGGCCGAUGCUGAGAGUGAGCUUUUCGUAGAACACAAUGGUGAUCAAAGUCUUGAUUCUAGUACUGAAGGAGCCACUCCCUGCACUGACUCAACCACUGCUAGAGAGAUCCAAGGUGCAGAAUUAAGCAAUAGUGUUUUGCAGAACAUUAUUGAUCAUACAUAUAGUCCAGUAGAUUUCAAUCUUCCACUCCUGGAAGUAGAAUUCAUUCCACAAGGAAGCUGGAAGGCUAGGUCCCCUCUUGAAGCCCUUCUGAAUGACAUACCAGCAAUUAAAGCAGAAGAUUUUUGUGUGAGGUAUAGAGAGAAUGAAGUGACAGAACUUCCUACUGACUCUGAUCAGCUUUUGGUAGAAGUUGAUGAUUUUACAGUGAAAGAUUUUCCUUCAAACACAAAAGGUGAAGUACCACUAAAAUGCAGCGAUGAGGAGCCAUUCACAAGCCUCAUAUGAGGAUGGUUGGUCGGUUCCCAGUAGUGUUUUGUAUGCGAGGAUGGAAGAUGCCAAUGACCAUUUAAUUAUGGGUUCUAAUUGUGUUUUGAGGUAACUAACCGAAACCUUAUGGAUGCGUAUAUAUUCUAAGCCAUGGAUCUGUUGCAUUCUUUUCUUUUCUUUCUUUAGUAAAAAUCAAAAGUUCUUUGAUAGAAAGAA